AUUCAGGUUCAUAUCUCUCAGCUUCAAUGGCGAACAAAUUACGAAAUGACAAGACUUGCGUGGCAAGUGUGGUGUUCUGCUUCUUGAUGUUGUCUUUUGUUCACAUGACAAAGGCAAGUCAAGCCAGAGUCACCCAAGCUAAGGAACUUGAGGUUCAAAAGCUUUUGAAUAAGUUGAACAAACCAGCCGUUAAGUCUCUUAAGAGUCCUGAUGGUGACACAAUUGACUGCGUACAUAUAUCGCAUCAACCAGCUUUUGAUCAUCCCAAACUGAAAAAUCACAAACUUCAGAUGAGGCCAACAUUUCUUCCGAAAGGAAUAAAAAGUUUUCCAGAAUCAUCAAAGACAAUUGAUCAAAUGUGGCACCAAAGUGGAAGUUGUCCUGAAGGAACCAUUCCAAUAAGAAGAACAACAAAAGAUGACAUCAUGAGGGCAAGCUCUUUCCAAAGAUUUGGGAUGAAGGAUAACAUGAGCAUCCCUAACUUGUCUGACUCACUUUACUCUUCGGCAAAUAAUCAUGAGUAUGCCACUGCAGAAGUGGUGAAAGAUAUAUAUUAUGGAGCCAAAGCAUUCUUAAACGUUUGGAAGUCAAAUGUUCAACAACGCAAUGAACUCAGUCUCUCUCAAAUUUGGGUGAUGAAUCAAGGUGAUAAUGAUAAUGUGCAGAGCAUCGAAGCUGGUUGGCAGAUCCAUCCAAUGCUAUAUGGUGAUGAUAGACCAAGACUUUUUGCAUAUUGGACAAGUGAUUCAUAUGAACGUACUGGGUGUUAUAAUCUACAAUGCUCGGGCUUUGUUCAAGUUACCAAUGCAGUAGUAAUGGGAGGCACCAUCGGACCAUUAUCUCUCUAUGAUAAUACUCAAUACGAAUUCAAUCUCCUUAUUUGGAAGGAUCGAGGAACCGGGAACUGGUGGCUACAAUUUCAGAAUGUAUUUGUGGGAUACUGGCCAGCUUUUAUGUUUGAGAGCCUAUCGGAGAGUGCAACAGUGAUACAGUGGGGAGGUGAAGUGAUCAACAGGAAAUCUAAUGGCAGACACACAAGUACAGAAAUGGGAAGUGGCUAUUUCCCACGUGUAGGGUUUGGGAGGGCAAGCUAUUUUAGGGACCUUUCCACAGUGAAUGAAAAUAAUUAUCUCGUCAUCCCUAAUUACAUUAGAGAUUAUGCCAGCAAACCCAGGUGCUACGAUAUAGUCCUCAACGGCUAUUCUAGGGACUUCGGGGCACACUUCUUCUACGGUGGUCCCGGAAGAAACCCAUACUGUCCAAUUUAAUCCAAAUGAUGAAGAUAUCAUAUAUAUGUAUGAGAAAUUUGAAAAGUCUAAAGCUAUCUAUCUAUCAUGUUAAGGAAAUACUUAAGGCCUCAUCAAUGGGAUAUAUUUUAUGUAAGGCCUGGUAAAAUAAGACUGGCCAGAGAAAAUUUCAAUGCGUUGUAGUGGUUUGUGUGGGCGUUAUAUGAUCUCAUGUUGUAUAAUAUAACGUUAUCCAGUGUUUGAUAACUGUGCCAUUAUAUAAAAAGUUAAAUACAA